CGACCCGGUGUUGUUAGUGGCCAGGAAAUAUUUACAGACGAACAAAACUUAAUUGGAAGCAAAGGAAGAUAAACUAGUCUAUAUAGUUCGUUGUCGCUAGAAAGACCAAAAUGGAGUUUGAAAUUGAUAGCCAAAAUAGUCUUGUUUCUAACUUAAAACAAGACGAAAAUGGAAAUGAAGUGAAAUCAUUGAUGGAGAUUUCUAGCAACCCUCAACUUGGUCAAGGAAGGGAAGAGGAAAAUGACAGAGAAAACAAAGCACCCAGUACAAGUGACAUGAAUAGCAAACAGAAAACUAAGAAAGUGAAAAUACCCCAUCAUAAAAGCACAACUGACCAAAUGAAGAAAUGUAAGAGAGAGAAUCGUGUAGGAAAACCCGAGAGAACUGCAUGUAAAGGUACAAAGUCGAAAAUCAAGAUUGAAAGCAAUGGAAACAAUGACACAAUUUCUGUCAGGAGAUUCGAAACAAAAUUGCAAAGGUUUUGCAAUGUAGUGCAAGUUAAGAAAACAAGGGCAGGAAAAUUACAUUUUUUUACGGGUUGUAUCCCAAUUUUUUUAAUGUGUGGUACAGAACAAAUGUUAUUUUUAAAUGAGACAGUGGAAGACACCGUCGUCUUUUUCCUGAUGAAAGAAAAUGGCCAAAUAAUAUCUAUUCUUACAGAUUUUCUUCUUCCUGGAAAUUACCUUAUAAAUAGAUUUUUUUCUGAUAACAAGUUUGACUCUUGUCCAGAUGAAUUUUUGAACUUGUACCCCGAAAGCAGGUUAUCAUUACAAGUGAAAAUACUGUCUCCAUAUUUAUCUUCCACAACGGACCCAAUAAAGGGUCACCAUUUCAUUAUGAUUGGUCAUAUUACACAGGAGCCAGUUCAUUACAUUGUUGACGAAAAUUCUAACCUGAAAGCAGUGGUUGAAGAAUUUGAAAAGGAGAAUUUGGAGAGUUGUUUUGAAGUCUCCGUGGAAAAAGAUGCUAAUAAAUGUGAUCAUCUGUUUUAUUGUAUGACUAUGUCCGUGUUGAGGAAGGUAAAGGCACAGUCUGGCGUCAGAAAGAGAACAUUUCAAAUGAGGAUACAGUUUAUUGACGAACUAAUGUUGAAGAGAAAAAAGAAAAAGUCUGGAAACAAUCUAAAGACAAAGGACGUUGUAGAAGUCACAGGGGAUGAUAAAGAGGAAGAUCUAUCUGAACUUGAAGAUGAUUCUAUAUGAUCAAAAGAGGACCUAGAACAAAAUCAGUAAUGUGUUGGGAGGCGAUUAAUUUAUACUGGAAGAGUCUGUGCAGGGUGUUUACAUAUGAUGAAAUAAGAAAUGAUUCAAACUUGUUUUACAGUCACCCUCCACUAAAAAAUAGGAAUUACAAUGCCUUUAAUAAUUAUAUGUUUUUUUUAAAAAUUAUUUUUAUUGAAACAUCUGACAAUUUCAAAUCAACAUGUAUAAUUUUGACCAGAUUUGUGCCAAAUUUCCUCUCUGAUAUUUUUUAUGCAUGAAAAGUUUUACUCUGAGUUACAUACUGUAUUUACAUUAAUUUUAUAAACUUAACUCUUUGUUUAUUGUCACAGCUCAGCUUACAAAUGGUGUUACAUACACUAAUAUACUUAGUAAGUAUAUAUCGACUACGAUGAUACUUUAAAUUUCUGUUCGAACAGGUGUGAUAUUUAUUUAAAAGUAUGUAAUUUGUACUUAAUCAAUACUUGACUUUGUUCUACUCAAUUCUUUUACCUUUAUGUUGUAUAUGGUCUAUGCUUUUACCCCCAUGUUGUAUAGUCUUUGCUUUUAGAUUUAUGUUGUUUGCCUUUACUUUGAUGUU